CUCCGUACGCCGUCCUCCAAUCCCCACACCGAACACGACUCCCCUUCCUGAUCCUCUAUCCCUUGUCCUAAUCGCCAUCUACAUCUGCUUGUGAUUCGAUCAUACACUUUCAUUGAGCCCCCGCCUCCCGCUCUCCGCCAUGGAUGCCUCCAAGAUCCCCGAUUUCCUGGCCGAGCAGCAAGCACAAGGCACGCCCGAAACGCAGACGUACUUCCUCACCUUUGAAGAUUUCUGGGAGCGGAAACUAUGGCAUCAGCUUACCGAUGCGCUGGUUGAUUUCUUCCGUAUGAAGGAGAGCGCGCCGCAGCGCUUGCCUAUCUUCAAGGCAUUUGUGUUGAGCUUCGCCGAUCGGAUCAAUCAGCUCAAGUUUGUGGCACUGGGAUUGAUGGCAUCAACAGAAUGUCCUGAUGACAACGAACGGCUCGCGUUCCUCACGGCCCUUUCCAACAAGGUCAACAAGCCCGAAUCACAAGAUGCGUACGUCUAUGCGCUCGCCGACGUUGCCAACGUCAAGUUACGGCUACCGGAUCUCGAUGGAGCACAGAAGGAUCUCGCCGCUUGCCAGAAGGUGCUGGACUCGUUCGACUCGGUCGAGACCGUCGUACAUGCGUCAUUCUACAAAGUCAAUGCCGACUAUUAUCACACUAAGCAAGAAUUCGCCUCCUUCUACAAAAACGCCCUCCUCUACCUGGCCUGCAUCGACCUCGAAGAACUCACCGAGACCGAGCGCGUCUCCCGCGCCUACAAUCUCAGCGUCGCUGCCCUAGUCUCAGACUCAAUCUACAACUUCGGCGAGCUCCUCCUGCACCCGAUCCUGGAUUCCCUAACCGAGACACCACACAACUGGUUGCGUGACCUGCUCUUCGCAUUCAACCGGGGCGAUCUGACCGCAUACGACGUGCUGGCCGGCAACAUUAGUAAGAACAAGCUUCUCGAGUCGCACCGCAUGUUCCUGUAUCAGAAGAUCUCGCUCUCCGCGCUGACGGAGAUGGUGUUCCGUCGCCCGCCGCAUGACCGCUCCCUCUCGUUCGCCGAUAUCGCCUCCGAGACCAAGGUGCAGCCGGAUGAGAUUGAGCAUCUGGUCAUGAAGGCGCUGUCGCUGGGUUUGCUGAAAGGGUCGAUUGACCAGGUCGCACAGGUGGCGCACAUUCACUGGGUGCAGCCCAAGGUGUUGGAUAUGAAGCAGAUCGAUGGUAUGCGGAACCGUUUGAAGGACUGGGAUGCAGGUGUCAAUCAGCUCGGUCAUUGGAUCGAGGGUGUUGGUAAGGAUGUCUGGGCUGCAUAGACGGUAUACACGUAUUCCUUUCUAGCCACUUUGAUCUAUAAUAAAUGAAUAGGGCGGUUCCUGCUUGCAUGAAGCUGAUGGUUCUUGUAUUCUCAUUCAUUUGUAGAGUUGUGUCGCUGGGAUCUAGAGUAUGGGAUAGAUAUAGAACAUGAUUAAAACAUAGAGGAUCCCAACAGGACGCAUCCAAUCAACCAAGCCGGCCACCACACACACCAGACCACCACCUGUGUCCACAUCCCCCAGACAUCCCAUCCGAACGCAGCUUGGGUCAAUACGGUCUCGAUAGGCACACCGGUAUACCAGCAGACGCCAAUGAGAACGGCAGGCGGGGACAGAAGAUUGAGCAGCAUGAGCCCCAAAAGAGAGACAGGGUAUCGAACAGUUGCGGAGCCUUGGAUGCGGGUAACGAAGCUUAGAGGGGGAAAGACCAAGCAGGAGCAGCGCGAAAGACUUGAUCAGAAGGUAUUGUUGGGGGACGAUUGGUCUUGAGAUCCCUAGACCGUUUGAAAGUAGUGCGGCCAGUAUCAAAGGGAGGACAACGUCUACACCGACGAAGAUAUAAGUAGCCGCGGUGAAGUACUGUGA